AUGGUGGAGGUCCAACUAGAAAUGAAAUAUGACUACCCCCAGCCAUUGCUUGUGGCAUUUAGUGCUUGCACUACUGUACUGGUGGCUGUUCACCUAUUUGCACUUCUGAUCAGCACAUGCAUCCUUCCCAAUGUUGAGGCUGUGAGUAACAUCCACAACCUGAACUCUGUCAAUGAAUCCCCACAUGAUCGCAUGCAUUACUAUAUUGAGCUGGCCUGGGGCUUCUCCACAGCUCUUGGGAUCCUUCUUUUUCUGGCCGAGGUGGUUCUUCUGUGCUGGAUAAAGUUCUUACCCAUCGACUCUCCUCAAAUCCGCAAUGAAACAGCCACCCCACAAAAACAAAGUGGAAAUGCGGGUUGGAACUCUGCACUAGUCUCCACCAUCAUCAUGGUCCCUGUUGGUAUCAUCUUUGUCAUAUUCACCAUUCACUUUUAUCGCACGUUGGUGAGGCACAAAACCGAGCGCCACCACCGAGAAAUUGAAGAGCUCCACAAACUGAAAAUCCAGCUUGAUGGACAUGACCGGGGCAUAAAUGUAGUGUGA